AUGUCACAGCACAAUACUGGCGCCAGCAGCUGUUUGAGGUGUCCUGUUUAUGUCUACAACUGCUCAUGGGAGCACCUGAAAGAGCAGCUGGUCCACCCAAAUUCAAACCGCCAGCCCAAAGACAUCUUCUUUAGAUCUUUGUCUCAGGACCGCGGCAGUCCAUCCCCCUGGGCAGAACUCCUUGCUCAGCCUCACAAACACAAGGAACUGGCUAACUAUUGCAGCCUGCUGCAGGAGCACUAUCACCAGAGCUACGUCAGAGGUGUGUACCGAAGUCUGCAGCAGUCCUACAGCAUCAGCUACCAGGAUGUCCUGAUGGCAAUGGACUACUGUGAAGAAUCACUGCAGGAGAUUGACAUCACCACCUUCCUGCAGACCCUCUGUGGACACAUCAGGACUUUUAAGGAAAGCAGAAAGGCUCCAAACUCCAGGGAGAGCCCCCAACCUUCAAGGAGCAUUGGAGAGACAAAUGAUGGGCGAGCAGAUACCAAGGCAGUCCUAGGCUCCAUGUGCAGCAGUAUUGAAGUGGAAGAAUCCUGUGAAGCUGAAUCUGGGGGGAGGCUCCAUACUUCCACACCACCAUCAGGCCUGAGUCAGUCCAAGGUCCCAGAGUUUCCUCUGAGCUUGCUGCAAACGCAGCCCCAGUGUCAAGUGUAUCCAGACCUGCACAGAAUCAUUCAGAACAAAUUCAUGGACAUCCUGUCUCAGUAUUUUAAAAGUGUGCCCUCCAAUCCACACUACUUCUUUUAUUGUUACCCGUCGAUGAAGAAAGAUGUGAACUCAGAAGAUGGAGUGUCAGAGAAGAUACCCAGUGAAGAGCUGCUUUCAGAGGCUGAGCCGGCAACUGAAGAAGACAACAUGUCAGGCUGCUGCAACACGUCAGAAAGUGACACAGACCUGGUGGUGGAAUAUGAGGAGCAUCUAGAUUCCAGCUCCCAUGGAGAAGAUGAAGACCACUCCCUGACAGAUUCCAACACAGUCAACCAAGACCAGGACUCCUUCAGCAUCCUGGAUGGAGACUCCCUGCUGGAGCCUGAAGUACCACAGCUGGACAUGCCCCCCCUUAGUGCCAAAGAAUGA